GAGGAGGGUGAGUAACAAGAUGGUGGCGGCGGCCUGAGAGCCCCGGAGCGCGAGCGGGCGGGCAGUGCAUCCCCGGCACCAUGGACCCGGCGUGCGGUGCCAUUGUGCACGUGGACUUCCCGGAGAUCACCAGCGCCCUGCUGGAGAACCUGAACCAGCAGCGGGUGGAGGGCAAGCUGUGCGACAUCUCCAUCCACGUGCAGGGCCGGGUGUUCCGGGCCCACCGGGCCGUGCUGGCCGCCUCCUCGCCCUACUUCCACGACCAGGUGCUGCUGAAGAACAUGACGUCCAUCGUGCUGCCCAACGUCAUGGACCCGGGUGCCUUCGAGACGGUGCUGGGCUCCGCGUAUACCGGCAAGCUGAGCAUGGCCUCAGACGAGAUCGUCAAUUUUCUCACCGUGGGCAGCGUGCUGCAGAUGUGGCACAUUGUGGACAAGUGCACGGAGCUGCUCAAGGAGGGGCGCGGCACUGCCGGCCCCUCACCUUCCUCCUCCUUCCGCGCCCACUCCAGCCGCACCAGCGAGAACCAGUCCCCCAGCAGCAGUAACUACUUCAGCCCCCGGGAGACUGGUGAGGGGCUGGAGCACGGGCCUGCCAAGUAUGCACUGCGAGGGGCGGCGGGCGGCAUAGAGCGGGACGGAUCGGAGGGGCCGGACGAGGAGGUGAUCUUCCAGGCCGAGAAGGGUCCUACCCGCUGCCCCGAGCCCUUCUCCGGCGGCAGCAAGUUCAUCCUGGAGACAGACGAUGAUGUGAGUGACAGCGGCGGGGAUGGGGGCAGUGGUGGGGGCGGGGGGCGGCGCCCAGCCUACGUGCAGCCCAGCAUCAUGCCCCAGAAGCAGUGGGUGUACAUCAAGAAGGAGCGGUCCCAGGAGGACUUGGUGCUGACAUGCGAGGAGGACGAGGACCCGGUGGAGGUGGGGCCGGCCCCCGGUGAGCCCCCCCUCAGCAUCAGUGACGUGCGUACGCUGACCGAGCCUUCCAGGGCCAAGCUGGAGGAGCAGGUCAACUUCUGCGAGUCCUCGGAGGACUUCCCCUCGCCCUACGAGGGGCUGGAGGAGGGGCCGGGCGGCGGCAGCAACUUUGCCCAGCGCUCCCUCAUGCCCAUGGACAUGCAGGGCAACCAGAUCCUGGUCUUCCCCCCCCAGGCCCCCGUGGAGCACGGGGCCGUGCAGCUGGCGGCCGGCUCGGGCGAUGGCAACAAGAUCUUCAUGUGCCACUGCGGCAAGGCCUUCUCCCACAAGAGCAUGCGCGACCGGCACGUCAACAUGCACCUCAACCUGCGCCCCUUCGACUGCCCUGUCUGCAACAAGAAGUUCAAGAUGAAGCACCACCUGACGGAGCACAUGAAGACGCACACCGGCCUCAAGCCCUACGAGUGCGACGUCUGCGCCAAGAAGUUCAUGUGGCGAGACAGCUUCAUGCGCCACAAGGGGCACUGCGAGCGGCGCCACCGCCUGGCCGGGGCAGGCGGGGGACCCAAGAAGGAGCCCGUGGCGGCAGGCGGGGCAGGGGAGGGCGACUGGGCGGCGCUACGGGAGCCCCAGGCUGCCGGGAGGUCUCCACGCAGUGAACUGGGCUUCAGCGGGGGGAGCGGGGCGAAGAUGUGA